AUGCGCAAAUGGGAACAGGCAGUCUUUCAUUAUUCUCAGUCAACGCUGAAAGAUCCACUUAUCCAUGUUUUCUGCACUAGUGAAGGCCUCGUCUCUGAAGAGGUCCGAAGAACAGGUAUACUUGCUAUACCGUACCUGGGAGUGACAUUCAUAAUAUUGUUGGUAUUCACAAUGACGACAACUCUUCGCAGGGAUCCAGUCAAGAGCAAUCCACUCGAAUCGUUCCUAGGUGUAAUCUGCCCUAUUUUAUCUCUUGUCGCCUCAUUCGGUCAUCUUUUUUGGAUGGGAUUCGAAUUCCUUCCGAUUGUCACAGUGGUGCCGUUUCUUAUUCUUGCUAUUGGUGUCGACGAUGUGUUCAUCUUCAUCCACUGCUUUCAUUUGACCAACGACAAUCUUUCGGUACGUGAACGGAUCGCAGAAACUCUAGCAGAUGCUGGUCCUUCGAUCUCGAUAACUUCACUCACCAAUUUGCUUUCUUUUGGCAUCGGUAUCUUCACUUCUACUCCUGCCAUCUAUACAUUCUGCGUUUUCAUUUCUGUGGCAGUCAUCUACGACUACAUCUACCAAAUAUUCUUUUUCUCGGCUGUUCUGACGCUGGGAGGACAUCGGGAAGCUCGCAGAGGAAACGCCUAUCUCUGCUGUUUGACCGUACCGUCUUCGACAAAGGUAAGGAAUCCUUGA